GUUCGUUUCUCUUGUACUGCGCAUGCUCGAAAAUAUACGUUGCCAAAAACACUGUUCAAAAUACUUCUAUAAUACAACGUUUAAAAUGGGAUGAACUGAUACGUCUAUAUACCUCAUCUAAAAUUUAAAAAACUCCAGCGGCCUUGGCGUUUAGUCAAAAUCGUCCACAACUUCAAGUUCUUUUCUAUAGAAAGGUGGUCUAGACCCCCUGACAGUCACAUGUACUGAUCUUAGAAUUUCGAAGGGGUACUGUCGCUCCUUGUGAAAGAUUCUAGACAAUUCAAACAACGUAAAAAGCAACUUUUAAAAGUUGUAACUGUAAAUUUACCAUUAUACAAACAACUACAAUGGGAGAGGCAGUACCCCAAAAAUGGCGGGAAAAUCGGCCGUGAGAAAGCCUAAUUCAAGCAUAUAUCCUAUAGCUGGUUAAAUUAAGCAGAAAUGUAUGGGACAUGUAUAGUUCUAAAUAUGAACGUUCUGUCCUAGCUUGAACGAGUGGGUCCACAACAUCAAGCAGGAAGUGACAGCAUGUUGACUGGAGCAUCUUUCUUUAAAAUGAGGGAGGUAAGAAGAUCAUUCUUUGUCUUAUAGUAUAUUACACAACAGCACUUCCGGGGCGGGUUGUUUAAAGCAUGAUUAGCGAUAACCCUGGGUUUAAAUUUAACCCAUUUCAGAACUUUAGAAAAUUAAACUCCUGAUGAUCCAGACAAGAUUUCUGAAAAAAAAUCCCAAGUUUAUAAACAAGCUAGUGCUAGGAAGUUUGUUUUGAAUUUUACAUUAACCCAGGAUUAAGCUAACCAUUUAUGAACAACCGGCCCCAGGUUUGAAAAAUAUUCAAAAUGUGUUUCUAACUACACGAUAUAAAUCAAAUUUUGGAAAAUAGAUUACUAACUGAAUUUAACAUGAAGUUAGACAUAAGGCCAUGUACAAAUGAUAUUUUUAUAAAAAUCGCAUUUAGUUUUGCAAAACGGAUUUGUAUAAGUAACAUUUUUACCGUGACAUGUAAUGCAAUUUCGGAUAAAAAGCCACGCAUAGAAAUUAUGAACAUGGCCCUAUAUAUGGCAUGGUGUACUGAAUUUGUAUAACUGCAUGCGGAAGAAGAAAUAACUUAUACUGUAAAAACAACAGGUUAACUUAUUAAAAUUACAAUGAUUAUUGGAUAACGAUCAUAAUAAUUACAUUCAGGCCUUAAAAUAUCUUUUACAGGGCCGUCUGACAAAAUGUCCGAUGACGUUGAGUUUGGGUUGGACAUAUGUCCGAUGACCUUCAGUUCAGUUUGACUUGAAAAUAAGUCUGAAUGACACAAAUGAAUAUCAGCACAAUAUAUUAAUUCUGAACGGUAAAUGUUGUGAAGAUAUUAAAUAAUUUGUUUCUUUCAUACUUAUUUCCAAGCCAAAAUUAACUUGCUUUCCAGAACAGCAGUAAUAAAAAAGACUUCGACAACUUAAGCCCGUUUUCCAAUUCACCAUUUCGCUCGCCGCCCUGCGCUCGACUGCGUUACCUUCUAGGAUACAUUUUGAUUUACGAUGGACAAAGCUACAGUUCGGUGAGUUCGGUCGGACACAAAUACACUUAGGUCGGACAAACAAUAAACCUUAGUUUCACUUUGGUCGGACAGAAUGUCCGGUAGUUUCCUCCCUACGUCAGACAAUUUCACGAAUGGGUCGGACAAUGUCCGUGACCGACCGAUAUUUUAAGGCCUGAAUUAAAUUACUGAUACAGGUUUAUUAAUUAAUUACUAUGCAGGGGCCGGUUGUACGAAGGCCGGAUAGCGCUAUCCACCGGAUAGUGAUUUUUUCAAGCUUUGUUAAAUCAGUCGUUGAUUGGUAUAACUCGUAUUAAAGUUUAGUAUUUAUAAGUUACACUGUAUAUGUUUUUGUACUUCUUGUGUCGUCCAUAUCCGUAGUUUCACAGUUUUUCAAGCAUUUUACAAAGGUUGAAAAAUCACUAUCCGGUGGAUAGCGCCAUCCGACCUUCGUACAAACGACCCCAGACAGUCAAUCGAGACUAUAUACAGGAAACACUUGUAGAGAUCACUUUUAGAAACGUUCUCAUAUAUCUUACUGUUAUACAUGCAGCCACACAAUCAUGAAUCUAUAUACCAAAACUGAAACUGCUAAUUUUUCAAUGAAAACCUGUCUUAUUGAUCUUCACUACAUGCAUGAACAAUUUCAAUAUAUUGGCAUAAAAUUUGCCAAAAGAAAAUUGUGCGUGUACAUAGUUUAUGUAUAAUAAUAUUGAUCAUGAGUUUGUUUUUAUUUACUAGAUGUUUUUUGAAGACAAGAUAGAUGAUACGAAAUAUUGUGGUCAUCUGUACGGUCUAGGAACAUCUUAUACCAAUAAUGGUGGACAAGCUUACAGUGGACCUAACUUGCAAGUCACCUCAUCCUAACAUAUAGACAACAAUCUUUUCAUUAAUUUUUAACUUUUACCUUUGUUAACAUUACAUGCGACAAAGAUGAACGCUUUUAGUUUGGAAGAAGAAUGCUUAUUGCAUUAUUAAUAUUAUAUAACAAAUCACAAAUCUUUUUAUCAUUAUUUUAAUUAUACAUGUUACAUGCAAAUUGAUUGGGGGUAUACGUAUUAGAAUUAGAGCUUGGUUACAGCGGAGAAAUGUCUUUCUGUCCAAAAUAAAAGUUAAUUAAACUCCAUGCAUAUGUAUAAGAGAGGGUCUAUAAAUGGGGUUUAAUGUCAAGUGUUGACGGCCCAUAUUCUAUGGUGUUAAUGUGGAAACGCUAAAAAUUUUGUUGUUUACUGUCAUGGAAGACUUAGCAGUUAAGUGUUGUAAUUACUAUAAAAAGUCUAACGCAUUUCAAAAAGACCAAAAAAUACCAUGACUAAAGCCGUAAAGGGCCUUAAACUACUAAAUUUCAGACAAAAUAAAUACGAAACUAUAUAAAAAGCGCUCAGAGUGUGUUUACAGGUCUUACAAAUCUUUAUAGCUUUUACAUCACUUGUCACCUUGUCCAGCAACUGCAUCUUUCUCCAUGCCAUGUCAUCAUGCCAUGUGAUGCCUUCAUGCAUGCAUGCAGCCUGGUGUCACAAUUACAAAAUAUGCAAAAUAUUUCUUUGAUGGUCUCAGACGACUGUUUAUUUGCUUCCCUAAUACAAACUUCAUUUAUCUUUGUGUGAUCCACAUAUAAUUAACAGUAGCAUUAUACUCCGGGAGCAAUUAAUUACGCGAUUUUUUACGUCUUUGUGAAAUUAGCAAAAUUUUACUGUUAUGUGACAUUUUUUACUUUUGAAUUACUAAAAAAUCUAAUGUUUACUGUUUUGGGCACCACCCAAUCUAGAGCCUCAUAAGAGAACAGUUAAACGUUAUAUAACAGAAAUUUGAUGAAAUUGGC